GGACUCCAUUCCAUGACUAAAACUACGUACAUACAUUCGUACAUAACAGCUCAACCUCAUUUACUUUAUCGUUUUGGUGCUGGAGCACGACAGAGGGGUAUAUGAACAAACAGAAUAACGCGUAUGUGUGUAUUUGAUAUACAUAUAUCAUCCUUCUUCAUCUAAUAGCCCUGUUGCUUCGUAAAUAAUGCAAUAGCUUCUUCUCCUGAUCGAACAACAUAACACAACACUGCACCUCAUUUUGUUCCAACCCAACCAUAACAUAUUCCGUGUAUAAUGAAAUGAAACCUGGUGCUUUAAACCCGUGAAAAGGGUUGGGACUGGAAUUUAAUGGUUUCAAAUUACAAAUGAACAUGACGCAGUGUUGAUUUUGCUCAAAAAGAAAGUGAAAACGUGAGAUAUUAUAUUUUAUACUCAUUUUAGAAGGGGGAAAGAAGAACAAGUUUUGUUUGGACAAAUCGAAUUUAGCAAAGAAGGAAAAGUGCAACUUAUCAAAACAGACUUCUGUUCCAUGAUUCUUCCUGGGAAAUAAGUCAACCUUUCUACCACCCCUUUUUACUUACUUAAAUCAUGGCACAGGCCCAGCAAAUGGACGAUGUUGAGAAAAACAUCCCCCAUCGGUCCAGCCGAUCUGGAUUGGAAGGCGUCCUACAUUCUGACCCGGAUAGCGAUGAGCACUCCCAUCAGUUCAUUGAGUCUGCGGCCACCAUCUUGUGCAUAAUUUUUAUCACGAUAACCUUCCCAAUAACAAUCUUCUUCUGUUUCGCGAUUGUUCAAGAGUAUGAACGAGCUGUUAUAUUCCGUAUGGGUCGCCUCCGUGCGGGUGGCGCUAGAGGACCAGGAAUCUUCUUCAUCAUGCCAUGUCUCGACACAUUUCGUCGCGUUGAUUUACGUACGAUAACGUUCGAUGUCCCACCCCAAGAAAUCCUUACGAAGGACAGCGUGACAGUGACUGUUGACGCGGUUAUCUACUACAAAGUGCAGAAUCCUACAAUUGCAAUUUCUAACGUUGCGGAUUUCGCCAAGUCGACACGUCUUCUCGCAUCUACCACUCUUCGAAAUGUCCUUGGUACCAAAAAUCUCGCAGAGAUUCUGAGCCAAAGGGAAGAAAUUUCAAGGGCUAUGCAAACAUCAUUGGAUCUUGCAACAGAUCCAUGGGGCGUGCGAGUUGAGAGGGUCGAAGUCAAGGAUGUCAGUCUCCCAAAAAGUCUCCAAAGGGCGAUGGCUGCUGAGGCCGAAGCAAGUCGUGAAGCUAGGGCAAAGGUGAUUGCAGCUGAAGGAGAAAUGAAGGCAUCUCGAGGAUUAAAGGAAGCUGCAGAUAUUCUAUCCGAGUCUCCUUGCGCUCUUCAACUUCGAUAUUUGCAGACAUUGACAAGCAUCAGUGCUGAGAAGAACUCUACGAUCAUAUUCCCUCUACCGAUUGACAUGCUGGCUGGAUUUAUGAAACAACACAAUGAUGACGACAAUUAAUUGAACUCCACCACAACCAUAAUAUUUCUUGUUUUAUUUUUCGUUUUAUACGUUCCAUUCACUUUAAAACUCAGUAUGAUUCAAGAACAAAUGAAUGAUUUACAAUUUAUACAGAAGAAGACUGAAUAAUACAAUUCUACGUCAAAUUCAAACUGCAGAUGACAGAUAGAACAAUCAUUUCAGGAUCAAGAACUAUUUCAAAGAGUUUCGUAUGCAUAUUUUUCACAUUCUAAUGAAUUCUUUUAUCUACAGUUCAAAAUCACUACUUUAAUUACUAUUGUACAUAUAUUGCCAAUUUAUCAAUUCAACCGUUCUUUUAAAAUUCAGUAUUAUUAACAAUAAGCAUAUAAAAACCUACUCAUACAUACAUAUACAUAUAGCUAAUACAUAUAAUUGUAUGUAUAAUUACGAAUUGAAUUACGCUCACGGUUUGCAAACACAAUCAAUUUUAAUUUUUGGGACCAUGCAGAGAAUGUGGGUUUCGACUAAUGACUAGAUAUAUAGAGAAAUUUAUCGUUUAGGACAGAAUCUGGUGCAAAUUAAACUUAUUGGUUCUCAUGUACAUAAAUAUAUUUGUGUAUUUAUACGUACAUAUUCCUACACAAUACACAAAUGAAGGGAGCAGAAAAGUGUUGGAGACGAAAGGGCAACAGAAUGAACUUUGCAAUGAGUGAAUGAUACGAAUAAGUAUAUGAUAUUUUGUAAUUAAACAUUCGAUAAAAUUGUGAAAUUACUCAUUAUGCUCGGUUGAACUUUGUUACAUGAAUUAAUAAAUACUUUCAAAUUCGGGAUCAAUA